GCCGCCGCCGCCGCCGCCGCCUCAAAAUUCAAUAAAAUGAGCUCUUAUUUCGUCAACUCACUGUUCUCCAAAUACAAAACUGGGGAGUCCCUGCGCCCCAAUUAUUAUGACUGCGGCUUCGCCCAGGACCUGGGCGGCCGGCCCACCGUGGUGUACGGCCCCAGCGGCGGCGGCAGCUUCCAGCACCCGUCGCAGAUCCAGGAGUUCUACCACGGGCCGUCGUCGCUGUCCACCGCGCCCUACCAGCAGAACCCGUGCGCCGUGGCGUGCCACGGGGACCCCGGCAACUUCUACGGCUACGACCCGCUGCAGCGGCAGAGCCUGUUCGGGGCGCAGGACCCGGACCUGGUGCAGUACGCCGACUGCAAGCUCGCGGCCGCCAGCGGCCUGGGCGAGGAGGCCGAGGGCUCGGAGCAGAGCCCGUCGCCCACCCAGCUCUUCCCCUGGAUGCGCCCGCAAGCAGCCGCCGGACGCAGGCGAGGCCGACAGACCUACAGCCGCUACCAGACCCUGGAGCUGGAGAAGGAGUUCCUAUUUAACCCCUAUCUGACUCGCAAGCGGCGGAUCGAGGUGUCGCAUGCGCUGGGACUGACAGAGAGACAGGUCAAAAUCUGGUUCCAGAACCGGAGGAUGAAGUGGAAAAAGGAGAACAACAAAGACAAGUUCCCCAGCAGCAAAUGCGAGCAGGAGGAGCUGGAGAAGCAGAAGCUGGAGCGGGCCCCGGAGGCGGCGGAGGAGGGCGACGCGCAGAAGGCCGACAAGAAGUAGGCUC